AUGGAGACCAUCAGAGCGUCCGCUCUGCGCGCCCCCGCGCUCUCCCCCGCGCCAGCGCAGGAGAUCAGCUCGCGCGCCUUCCGCGCCGCUCAACCCGUCGCCACGCGAGUCACUCGACCUCGCCGCGGCGCCAGAACCGCCGCAUUGCGCGGGCUGGGCGUGCGGUCAGAGAGCGGCGCGGCGGAGACGGAGAGCUCUGCGACGGCGGCGGGCGGCGAGGGGAAGGCGCUGAACCGAUGGAGCUCGCGCAUCACGCAGCCCAAGUCGCAGGGCGCGUCGCAGGCGAUGCUGUACGGCGUGGGGCUCACCGAGGCCGACAUGCACAAGGCGCAGGUGCGCAAGGGGGGGAUUGGGCGGAAGGAGGGGGGAGGAAGGGGUGUGGGGGAGCUUUGGGAGGAUGACAUGGGCGAGGCGCGCGGAGGCAAAGGGAAGGAGGAGGAGAUGCUAGAGGAGAGCGACGAGGUGGAGGAGACGAGAAAGAUAAAGGAACGGAAAUCCGCAUUGUGCCCCAUCGCCAUCACCAUCAUCACCUCCCCAUCCGCUCCCCUUCAUCACCUCCACAUCCCCUCCCCUAUCCCUCCUUCUCUCCCCCAACCCGCUUCCGCCCCGCCCUCCUUCCGCGUGUGGCGGCAGGUGGGGAUCUCGUCGGUGUGGUACGAGGGCAACACGUGCAACAUGCACCUGCUGGAGCUGGCGGAGGCCGUGAAGGGCGGCGUGACGGACGCGGGGCUGGUGGGGUUCCGGUUCAACACGAUCGGCGUGAGCGACGGCAUCUCCAUGGGCACGGACGGCAUGAGCUACAGCCUGCAGUCGCGCGACCUCAUCGCGGAUAGCAUCGAGACGGUGAUGGCGGCGCAGUGGUACGACGCCAACAUCUCCAUCCCCGGCUGCGAUAAAAACAUGCCCGGCACGGUGAUGGCGAUGGCGAGGCUCAACCGACCAGCCAUCAUGAUCUAUGGCGGCACCAUCAAGCCGGGCCAUUUCGAGGGAGCCACCCUUGACAUCGUCAAUGCCUUCCAGAGCUACGGCGAGUUUGUGGCGGGGAGGAUAACAGAGGAGGAGAGGCAGCAGGUGGUGCGCCACUCGUGUCCGGGGCAGGGCGCGUGUGGCGGCAUGUACACCGCCAACACCAUGGCAUCCGCCAUCGAGGCGCUGGGGCUCACUCUGCCCUACAGCUCGUCCAUCCCAGCGGAGGACCCAUUGAAGCUGGACGAGUGUCGCCUGGCGGGGGCGGCGAUCAAGCGGCUGUUGGAGCUGGACGUGAAGCCAAGGGACAUCAUCACGCGGGAGGCGCUGGAGAACGCCAUCACCACUGUCAUCGCCCUGGGCGGCUCCACCAACGCCGUGCUGCACCUCAUCGCCAUCGCCCGGGCGGUGGGGCUGAGCCUGACGUUGGACGACUUCCAGGCCAUCAGCGACCGCGUGCCGUUCAUUGCUGACCUCAAGCCCAGCGGCAAAUACGUCAUGGAGGACGUGCACAAGAUCGGCGGCACGCCAGCAGUGCUCAAGUACCUGCUGGAGAAGGGGCUGCUGCACGGGGACUGCCUCACCGUGACGGGCAAGACCCUGGCGGAGAACCUGGCCUCCGUGCCGCCACUCUCCCCCGGUCAGGACGUCAUUCGCCCAUUGGAGGAGCCCAUCAAGCAGACCGGCCACUUGCAGAUUCUGUACGGCAAUCUGGCACCGGAGGGGUCGGUGGCAAAGAUCACGGGCAAGGAGGGACUUUACUUCAAAGGCCCGGCGUUGGUGUUUGAGGGCGAGGAGGCCAUGCUGGAGGCGCUCUCCGCCGACCCCAACAGCUUCAAGGGAGCGGUGGUGGUGAUACGGGGAGAGGGCCCCAAGGGCGGGCCGGGCAUGCCGGAGAUGCUCACGCCCACCUCCGCCAUCAUGGGCGCUGGGCUCGGCAAGGAGGUGGCGCUGCUGACGGACGGGCGCUUCUCCGGUGGCUCUCACGGCUUCGUGGUCGGCCACGUCUGUCCCGAGGCACAGGUGGGCGGCCCCAUCGGGCUGGUGCAGAACAGGGACGUGAUCACCAUCGACAUGGAGAAUAGGGCCAUGGACAUGGCGGUCAGUGAGGUUGGUCAUUGGGGACUCUCAAUAUCCAACCGCUAUCCCUCCCCUUUCCUCUGCGCGCAGGUGGGCGGCCCCAUCGGGCUGGUGCAGAACGGGGACGUGAUCACCAUCGACGUGGAGAAGAGGACCAUGGACAUGGAUGUCAGCGACGAGGAGCUGCAGCGCCGCCGUGCCAACUGGGUGGCGCCGCCUCUCAAGGCCACCCGCGGCACGCUGUACAAGGUGUGUGCGCCUGUGCAAAAGUCUCUAUUAGUCACUCAUAUCCUUCCUUUACUCACGCACCGUGCUUUGUGCCUUGUGCUGCCACCCCGCCCCCCCUGGCCACGGCAGUACAUCAAGACGGUCAAGUCAGCAUCUGAAGGCUGUGUCACGGAUGAGUAG